CAUAAUAAAGAUCAGAAUGGCACCACCAAAUUUUGAAGGUGACUUUCAGGAGUUAUCCGAAAAUCAACUGGAAUUUAUCAAAACAGUUAUUGAAGAACAAGGAUUCCAAAACUACAAAGUAACAAUUAAAGCUGCAGGCGCUGCUGGUGACAAUUACACAGCGAACGUGAAAAGAAUAACUGUAGAAGGAGAAAAUGGAACGCUGUCGAUGAUCGGCAAAAUAGCCCCAACCAAUGAGAUGAUCAGAAAACGUAUGGGAUCACAAAUAAGCUUCGGUAAUGAGUGUAUUAUUUACUCAGAAUUCCUACCAAAGUUGAGGGAGCUACAAACGAAAAUUGACACACCUGAAGAAGACCUGUACAAAUUUCCAAAAUGUUAUGGAGCAAACUCUGAAGGACCCAAUGAAGUUAUCCUGAUAGAAGACCUUAAGUCCAGUGAUUACAAUAUGUUGGACAGACUAAAGCCAAUUUCAGAUGAAUGUAUGAGAAGUGUGCUAAAAAAUUUGGCCAUCUACCACUCACUCUCUUAUGUUUUAAAAAACAAAGAACCUGAUACUUUCAACUAUUUUAAGGAUAGUUUAAAAGACAUGUGGGGAGCUAUGCUUGAGUUUCCUCCAGAAGAAUUGGGUCUUUUCUUUCAACUUGAAGAAUUUGCUAUUGGAGUGCUGGAUAAUCCAGAGCACAAAAGCCUUUUAAAAAACAAAGUAGCUGAGGCAAUUAAAAGUGCUGCUAAGAUGGUGAAAUUCGAAGCUGGAAGCCGAUUUUCAGUCAUUCAACAUGGCGAUGCUUGGGUGAACAAUAUCAUGUUUAAAUUUGAGGGUGAGAGUGUAAAGGACUCGAUACUAAUUGAUUACCAACAGUCCAAGAACUCCUGUCCAGUAUACGACCUCCUCUACGUGAUCAUCAACUGCACAGACCACGAAUCUAGGGUCAAAAACUUCUACAACUGGUUGGACUAUUACCAUGCAGAAUUAGACAAAUCUUUAUCGAAUUAUGGUCUGAAAGCCAACUAUGUGUACCCAAGAGACCAACUAGAUGCUGAUCUGAAACGAUAUGGUAAACUCACAUUUGGAUGCUGUAUACUCUUUACAAGUGUAUUAACAGCAAAUUCUGAAGAGGCUACGAAGAUGAAAGAAAGUGUUGAUGCCCAAGGUUUUAAUGAAGUAGCCGGAUCUAUGGACAUUUUCCAAAGUGAGACCACAGGUCGGAUGAAGAAACGAAUCACUGAUGUUAUUGAAAGUUUUCUUGCUUUUGGUCUAAUUUGUAGUACUAUCAACAGUAAAAAAAGUCAGAUCACCAUGUCACAAUUAAAUAUCGAAGGUGAUUUCCAAGACAUAUCUGGUCCUCAAUUAGAGUUCAUUAAAAAAGUGGUCGAGGAAAAUGGAUUUAAAGACAGUAAAGUGACCAUUAAAAACUUUGCCGAAGUGGGUGAUAAUUAUGGAGCGAGCGUCAAAAGAGUUAUCGUAGAAGGAGAAAAUGGUACUCUGUCGAUGAUUGCCAAAAUAGCACCAACUACGGAGUUCCUUCGGACCCGUGCCAACACUCAUGUCACGUUUGGCAACGAACAUUUGAUGUACACCAAAUUUCUACCGAAGUUGAUAGAAUUCCAGAAGAAAGAAGAAGUACCAGAAGACGAACUAUUCAAAUUUCCAAAAUGUUAUGGUUCAAACCCAGAAGCACCUAAUGAAGUUAUCUUAUUAGAAGAUCUCAAAUGUAAAGAUUAUGUUAUGAAGGACAGAAUGCAGUCACUUUCUGAUGAAUGCGUGACUGACAUACUGAAGAGUUUAGCCGUUUUCCAUUCUUUUUCUUAUGUUUUGAAACAUAAAGAACCUGAUACUUAUAAUUUUUUCAAGGACAAUUUAAAAGACUUUAUGGCAGCAUUGGCAAAUUCACCAGACAUGGAUAAUUUCGAAGUGCUCGAAAACUUUGUGAUUGAAAUUCUCGAGGAUCCAGAACAUAAAAAUAUUAUAAAAAACAAAUUAUCCCAGAUUCCUCAGGCAGCUGCUAAAAUUGCGAAAUUGGAAUGUGACAGUCGAUAUGCAGUUAUUCUACAUGGUGAUGCGUGGACAAACAAUAUUAUGUUCAGGUUUGAAGGUGAGACCUUAAAAAACUCAAUGUUGAUAGAUUACCAGCUAUCAAAGAACGCCAGUCCAGCAUAUGAUCUUCUCUACGUGCUCUUCAACUGCACCGAGUAUGAGACCAGACACAAAAACUUCUACAACUGGUUGGAUUGUUACUAUACACAGCUAGAGAAAAGUUUGUCCAACUUUGGCCUCAAAGCCAACUAUGUCUACCCAAGAGAUAAAUUAGAUGCUGAUCUGAUGAGAUAUGGUAAAAUGAUGUUUGGAUGGUGUAUAGUUCUAUGUUCUAUACUUACUGUUAAGCCAGAAGAAGCUGCGAAGAUCAAAGAAUCCAUGGAGGCAGAAGUGCCUGUCGAAGUCACUGAUGCUGCAGAUUUCUUCCAAGCUGAUACAACUGUCCGACUUAAAACCAGAGUCACAGGCCUUAUUAAGAGUUUUGUAGAAUAUGGUUUAUUUAUUUAAAGACAGAAAUCAAAAUGCGUCAGAACUUAUCACGGAUUUUAAUGGAGACAAAGAGAUUCGUUCUCUUUUAAUGUAAAAUUUUAUUAAUUAAUUUUAGAAUGUGCAUAAAAGUAUUAAUUUAAUUCGUUAGUAAAGAUAUUAUAAUGAAAUCUCGAACCAGUGUUACUUUCUUUAUAUUAUCCUUUUCGUUUACUAUCUGUUCGAAGAACUCAAAACCAAAAAGGAUUUUAAAUAAUUACUUAUUUAUGCUAAGACUCAACUAAAGAAAACACAUGCGUUAAAUUGUGUAAGAAAACUUUUGCUUUUUUGGGCAGUUGCUUGGGUGUUGUAGUUACUACACCCAAGUAAAUUUUAAAUAUUAUUGUUCAACAUUAUGUAUGCAGAAAAUAGGAGGACCUAUUUUAAGGAUAGGCCAUCAUUAUCAUCGUAACAGCCACAAGACAUCCACUUCUGUACCUAUGUACAGGCCUAUGCUUAUCCCAAUUACUUCCUAAUGGGCCGGUAGGAGUCAACCUGCAUCCACCGGCUCCCUGCGACCUUAAUCAGGUUGUCUAUUUGCGGGUAGACUUUUCGCACUGUGCUUGCCGGUACGUGGUCUUGAGAACCUUUUUGUCUCAGUAACCUCGGUUAUUUAAGCUACGUGGCCCGUUCACUGCCACAUCAGGCUUCUAAUUCGCUGGGCUUUUUUUUUAAGGGGGAAAAUCAUCGAAUAACUGCUCCCACCUGGGUGAGG